UUUCCACGUUUGCGACAAGUAAAACAAAACAGCACAACGCAACUUUAUCAUUCCUGCACAAAAGCAGGCACUGAGGCUACAACCCCAGGGUUGCAACAAUAUAAUAUUAUAUAAUAUUAACAAGAACAAUAAUAUUAACAAUAAUAUGCAAUUUUUAAAAAUCAGAACUUUCCAAGGAUAAAUAAAACAAGUUGAAAAGCAUUUGGAUUAGGGCAUUUGCCCCUUAGUGGCUCCUCGCUUUGUUAGGCGUGGGGUUAAAGUGGUUAAAUGGACUGAGCUGAGAUUCCUAGAGGGACCCCGGUUUAUUUAUCAGCGCUCCCUUCCUUUUCCUGCCGCUGCCUCUCUAUGGCUGGAUAAUAAUAAUAAUUAAUAAUAAUAAGGAGAAGCAGCCUUUUGCAUGGUCUAAACUUGGGUGGAUCUGUGGGAUCUCCUGCAAGGACGAAGCUGCAGCAGAGACAGAGGCUGGAAAGAGUACAUUAAAUAAUGCCAAGACAGCGCACGUUUCCUAUUUCUGAGGUGACCCCUUUGCUUGUUGAAGAAAGGGAAGCAAUAGUGCAAGAGAAUGGAAAAAUUUCUGGAAGAAACCACAUGGUUUGGAGAAGACUUAGUGAGAAACUUGCAAAGAAGAAAAUCAACAUUACUGCAUACAAUCUGUACCUAGCUGUCCUCAGGGGUCGCUAUGGGGUCUACCAGACCUUGGGAAUUUGUACAGAACCUGUUGCUUCUGACUGGGGAAAUCAUGAGCAUUCAUCAGCUUUAUCCUCUGAUGAGUCCAGAGACCACAACAUGGAUGGAAGCACUGAGGAAAGCGAGGAGGAGGAGGAGGAGUACUUUUUGAGCAAACAAAAAAUUGUUGAUGAAACCCUGGACAGAAAGAAAUUCACAGUCACAUUUUCUACAGAGGAAUGGGCUGAGAUUUCACCGGAAGAUUUUACAUACAGGAGCACAAGAGAGAACUCCAUUCGAACCUACAAUAUAGAACUUGAGAAGAAAUUUUCAGAACCAAGCAAAAUGGAAGAACUGGGCCUAGCGGGCCCUGAGGCCAAAGAGGAAUUGGAGGCAGGAGGACAAGAUCUUUGUGUUGUUCAGGUUGGGACCGUCCAGGACCUUCUGAGCAGGGCAGCCCCACCACAAAUUAAAAAGGAACCAGAUGAGGCGCUUCAACAGCGCUGGGAGACCCAGUGGCAGGCGUUCCUGAGGAGGAUGCAGUCUCCUCAGUCGGAAUGGGGGCGGCAAAGCCCACGUCUACCUCAGCUCUGGUCAAAGGACGGUGCUGAGGACUUCCAGGCCUGUGUCAAGGCCAUUGUGGAUACCAUCUGGUGGCCUGCAGGAGAGCGCAUGGCCCAACCCUUGCCAGGCCUACUCAGAGAGUCCAAUGAGGCCAGUCAAAGGCUGGAUCCUUCUGUGAAAGUGAAGAAAGAGGUUCCGGAUGAGGAAGACACCACCAGGUUGGAGUUGCGUUGCCGGCGCUUCCGGCGGUUUGGCUACAAGGAGGCUGGGGGUCCCCGAGAGGGCUUGAGCUGAUUCCGUGAACUUUGCCACCGGUUGCUGGCACCGGAUGCACACACCAAAGAGCAGAUUCUGGAUCUGGUGAUCUUGGAGCAGUUCCUGGCCAUCCUGCCUCCGGAAAUGCAGAGCUGGGUGAGAGAACGGGGCCCCGAGACCUGCGCCCGAGCGGUGGCUCUAGCAGAGGAUUUCUUGCUGAGGCUGCGUGAGGUCAAGGUGCCAGGACGAAAGGUACAGGGGCCUUUGGACGAGGCGGCUGCUAAUUCCCCCAAGGCAGAAUGGGAUCCAUCGAGUGCUGUGGAGUCCAAUGCUGUGGAGUUGCCUUUGCCUAUGGAGGUCAAGCCGGAGGAGGAUGGUGAGGCCAGCUUGCUGGAAGCUGAUGGGCACAUUUGGAUGGACGUUGGCUUGAAAAGACCCAAGAAAGUUGAUGGGAUGCCAUUGACAGGAGCCCAAGGGGGUCUGGAGGAGCUAGAAGAGGCACCAGGGAGACAGAUGUGCCCCUCAGAACAGCCAGAGGAGACAGAAGGCCGAGCUUUCCCAUAUAACAAAGGUUUCAAUUGUUGUCCCUCCCAAAAGGGCCUUUUGAAAACUGGCACCAGAAGCGAGAAAAGCUGCCCUCCGAGAGCGGACCUUCCCAAGAAAGCCCAGAAGAUGUACGAAUGCGCCUACUGCGGCAAAAUCUGCAACAACAGCGCCCACCUGGUGAUCCAUGAGAGAAUUCACACGGGCGAGAAGCCGCAUAAAUGCUCCGAGUGCGGGAAAAGCUUCACCCAGAAAGGAAACCUUACCACACACAAGAGAAUCCACAUGGGGGAGAAGCCCCACGAGUGCCGGGACUGCGGGAAAAGCUUCAGCCGGAGGCAGCAGCUCGUGAGGCACGAGAGGAUCCACUCGGGAGAGAAGCCCUACAGAUGCGUCGUCUGCGGGAAAAGCUUCUGCCGGAAGGACUCUCUCAUCACCCACAACGGGACCCAUACGCGGGAGAAGCCCUUUGAGUGCUCUGACUUUGGGGAAGGCUUCCCUUCUAAUGCUGGACCUCAAAAAACGUAAUAUAUCCAUGCACACCAGGUCAUAGACAUGUUCAUAAUGGGGGAUUUGACUGUACGGACAUCCAUGACUGGAGUGUCAGGCUGAGACUGGUGUGACACUCUGCCUGGCCUACCUCAUAGGGUUGGUGUGAGGCUCAAAUGGGCAGUGGUGGAACACUGUGUGCUGCCCUAAGCUCCUUAGAGCAACCUCCCCAAGCCUGCUGCCCUACGGAUAUUUUUUGGGACUACAACUCCCCAGGUCAGGAAGGGGGGGUGCUUUAAUGAGAUGGGGGGAGACCCUGCUAGAUUGGGCCAAAGACAUCCCUGUUCUCACAGGGGCCAAACUUAGGGAAAGCGUUCCUUUUAGGCGGUGGGGGGCUGGGAUGCCCUCAAGCUCCCGGGUGCAAGAGUGCUGUCUCCCCACUUGUGAUUCCCAGUAAUUGCGUAUACAGCAGCAUACUGCCUCCAAAAUACUUCAGUUGUUGCUAAUAGCCAUGAAUAGGCCGCUAAUGGAAUUGCCUAACCUUCUUCUUUGAACAAAUUGUUUUUAUUAAAUAUUUUUGGGUUACAUAAGUACAUACAUCGCCUCUGAAGAAGAGAAGAAGAAGUGUUUGGAUUUGAUAUCGCGCUUUAUCACUACCCUAAGGAGUCUCAAAGCGGCUAACAUUCUCCUUUCCCUUCCUCCCCCACAACAAACACUCUGUGAGGUGAGUGGGGCUGAGAGACUUCAGAGAAGUGUGACUGGCCCAAGGUCACCCAGCAGCUGCAUGUGGAGGAGCGGAGACGCGAACUCGGUUCCCCAGAUUACGAGACUACCACUCUUAAGCACUACACCACACUGGCUCUCUGCGUUCAGAUCAUAAAGUCCUUUCUACAGAUCAGUUAUAUUUGAUGUGAGACGUUAAAUGUUAAAGCCAUCCUGGUUGGUGGCCAUCACUGCCUUUUGUGGGAUUGGGAAUGUGUGUAGCAACUGCCCAGCUGUACAAAGGUAAAAUUCACAUCUGUUGCUCUGUCCACUUUUUCCUCUGCCCUGACCAGAACAGAACGCUGCCCUUGGUCAGCAAAGAGUCCCCCAUCCCUGCUCCAGCUCUAUUAUAAUUAUUUAUUAUAAUAAUUAUUUAUUAUUAUUAUUAUUACUUUUCAGACACACACACACACACACACACACUUCAGAUAUAUACAUUUAACUGAUUUUACAAUCAUUUUGAAAUUUCAAAACUUGACUUCCUUCCCCCACUUUCUGUGGCUCCUUAAAUGUAUUUUUAAUAUCUUCUGCAUAUCCAAAUUAACUUCAAUUUGUUCACUUAUUCAUCUUCUUUAAAUGUAUACUCUUAUGAAGCUGCAGGUUAUUACAAUAAUCCUGCCAAUGUUUUUAUCUGUAAAUAUUCAAUAAACCAUUUCCAUUCUUUUGUAAAAA